GGAAUCUUUUUUAUUCCUCAGAUAACAGUCUGAAAAGUCAGAGCCCUUUUCAUGGCGAAUUCCUUCUCUCUCGAUUGGCUUCCUCUUCCUCUUCUUCUUCUUACUUCUUUAAUUCCUCUGGUUUUAACAUCUACUAAUGAAAAUGGAUUUUGCACUGCUGAAUAUGGGUGCUUAGAUUUUGUACCAUCCCCCAAGAUUUUGAUCAAAGGAGGCACUGUGGUCAAUGCACACCACCAUGAAGUUGCAGAUGUGUAUAUUGAAGAUGGAAUCAUUAUUGCUGUGCAGCCUAAUAUCAACGUUUCUGAUGAUGUACGUGUCAUUGAUGCCACAGGGAAGUAUGUCAUGCCAGGCGGCAUUGAUCCCCAUACACACCUGGAGAUGGAAUUCAUGGGUACAGAGGCGAUUGAUGACUUCUUCAGUGGUCAGGCUGCUGCAUUAUCAGGGGGGACUACAAUGCACAUUGAUUUUGUAUUACCGGUUAAUGGGAGUUUAUCUGCUGGUUUUGAAGCCUAUUCACGUAAAGCUGAAAAGUCUUGUAUGGAUUAUGGUUUCCAUAUGGCAAUCACAAAAUGGGAUGAUGAUGUUGCUAGAGAUAUGGAUAUCAUGGUUAAGGAGAGAGGUAUCAAUUCUUUCAAAUUUUUCAUGGCGUACAAAGGCUCUUUCAUGAUCAAUGAUGAACUGCUCCUGGAAGGCUUUAAAAAGUGUAAGUCUCUUGGUGCCUUGGCUCAGGUGCAUGCAGAAAAUGGUGAUGGUGUUGCUGAAGGACAGAGAAGAAUGAUCGAACUUGGCAUAAUGGGUCCAGAGGGGCACGCACUUUCUAGACCACCACUGCUGGAAGGGGAGGCAACUGCCAGAGCUAUUCGGUUGGCAGCAUUUGUAAAUACACCCUUGUAUGUAGUUCAUGUAAUGAGCAUUGAUGCUUUGGAAGAAAUUGCCCAGGCUCGUAAAUCAGGACAGAGGGUCAUUGGAGAGCCUGUAGUUUCUGGUCUGGUCCUUGAUGAAUCUAAGCUUUGGGAUCCUGACUUCAUUACAGCAGCCAAGUAUGUUAUGAGUCCUCCAAUAAGGAAAUCUGGGCAUGAUAAAGCUCUUCAGGGUGCUCUUUCAUCUGGGAUUCUCCAGUUGGUAGGAACCGAUCAUUGUACAUUCAACUCCGCACAGAAAGCCAUGGGAAUCCAUGAUUUUCGUAAAAUUCCGAAUGGUGUUAAUGGCAUUGAAGAGCGCAUGCAUCUUGUCUGGGAUUUAAUGGUGGAAACCGGCCAGAUAUCAGCCAGUGAUUUUGUUCGAAUAACAAGUACUGCAUGGUAUGAAGUUGGAACAAUAUUAUAUUUCAUAUUUUGUGUAAGACAUCCUUAGGCUCCAUGAUGUAGAUGCAUAGUUUUGUGCUUGAAGAUAUGGAUCACUUUUGAAGGUCAGUACCAAGUCAUGGGCGACUCUGAGAAACAUGUUUUGGGAAGCCACACGUAAUGAAUAUACCACUAAUAAAAUAUGCAUAUUACGCAUUCGCAGAAUUUUCAAUUUCUUCCUAGGUAGAGUACCACCUAUUUCAAGUUAUGUAUUUAUCAAAUUAAAAUGUGCAAACAGUGGUAAUGUGUCUGUUACAAUUUUGAGGCACUGGGAUUAUUCAUAUCAACAUUUUCUUAUUAGCAGCAUAUCAUACAUUGGCAGUAAGUCUCACAACCUGAAGAGAAUGGGAUUAAUUUUUUUAAUAAGAAGCUCAUGAAGCCCUUUGCUUUUCAUUUGAAUGGAAGUUGUAAGUAUAUUUGGUAGUCUCUAAUUAAUAUAAGGUGUUUCACUAUAUCAGUCACCUUUUCUGCAUUCUCCAAUUGUAGUAACUAAUGUCCUUUUCUUGUGCAUUUUGUUGA